AUCACCACGAUGAUAAUAAGAGCGCCCCUACGGCUGCGGCAUGGCCGCAUCGCCCUCCCCAAAUCCUCUCCUCUCCACCACCACCCAUCCACCCGCCGCUUCAACUCCUCCCUCGAAACCGACACACCCACCUCCAGCGUCGUCGGCGUCCCAACCUUCAUCGACACCACCUCCUCCCUCCCCGCCACAUCCCGUCCGGACUCCCUCCCCGCCGUCCCCAUCAACGACCCCAACCACCCCGUGGCCCUCGACUACGCCUUUUUCCAACACCAAAAGUCCGCCCUCGCCGGCACGGGCAGCGUCCUCUCCCCCCACUACAAACCCUACCAACUCCUCUCCAACCCUCCUUACCCCCGCGACAUUACCCUCGAACUUCUCAUCGCUUCGCAGUCCCACCUCGGUCACGCGACGAGUUUGUGGAAUCCUGCGAAUUCGAGGUAUAUUUUCGGCGUGAGGGAUGGGGUGCACAUUAUCAGUCCGGAUGUGACGGCGAGCCAUCUCCGACGAGCGUGUAAGAUCGUGUCUGGGGUGACGGAACGAGGCGGAUUGGUGUUGUUCGUCGGCACGAGGGAGGGACAUGCGAGAGCGGUUGUCAAAGCGGCGGGCAUGGCGAAGGGAUGUCAUCUUUUCACGAAGUGGAUUCCCGGGAGUAUCACCAACGGACAGCAAAUCCUCGGCGGGUGUGCGAAAAAGGUGGUCAACGAGCUGGAUCAGGAGGUGGAAGGGUUCGAAGCGCAGUUGGGGAGUAAAGCCGCGUUGAAACCCGAUUUGGUCGUCUGUCUGAACCCAUUGGAGAACUACAUCCUCCUACACGAGUGUGGACUGAACAACAUCCCCACCAUCGGAAUCAUCGACACAGACGCCAACCCGACGUGGGUGACGUACCCCAUCCCCGCUAACGACGAUUCCCUGCGAUGCGUACAAGUCGUAGCUGGUGUACUCGGUCGCGCGGGUCAAGAAGGGCAAGAAGCGAGAGCACGACUAGCGAGACGGGGGAUUGUGUCUUAC